CUUUCAAGUAAAUGGUUGGCUAGGCAACUUAAAAAGGGGAGAAACAUCUCUUUGAAAACAUGGCUCAAGGGCAGUAAACAACUCGCAGACAGUUUCUGUUCCUUGUUUUAUGCCUGAUCUCAUCUUUAGAUGUGGAACAGGACUUUAGUAGAGCCACUCUGUUCCUAAGCUCCACACGGAAAGAACAGUCGAGUUAUGGUGAGAAGAGACUCAGGUCGGAUGACAGGAACAGGGAUUUACAAGUCUAUAUUCAACUCUGCAACUGUUUCAAACACUUUGGGAAAUCCCCCUCACUCUUGAGCUCACUAACCCGAGGCCGUCUGGAAACCAUGCGAUUGUGCAAACAAAGCUGGCGCCAGCUGUCUUUGAAGCUCUCCGUUGCACUGGGCUCACUGUGGAUGCUGUUCAUGGUCCUUCAGCUGCAGUCACCCUUGUCUACUGACCUAAUCCAAAGUAACCACUGGUUGGAGUACAGGGAUUAUGACUUUGGCCCUGAGAGAGUGUGCAACUGCUCAGCAAUCCAGGAGGGAAACACAGAGGCGCUGCUGGAAGCCAAACUAUUAACCAUCACAAAAGAGUUCCAGAAAAAUAUUCAGAUCCCUGAUGAGUAUUACGUUAAUGAAACCAAGGACUGCAUGAAAUUCAAGUCAAAGAUGAAAUACAUAACAUUUGCCCUUAGCAAAGAAGAAGAAGACUUUCCUCUGGCUUACUCUAUAGUUGUUCAUCACAAAGUGCAGAACUUUGAACGACUGCUACGAGCCAUCUACGCACCUCAGAACAUUUAUUGUAUUCAUGUGGACAAAAAAUCCCAGCCCUCUGUAAAAGCUGCCAUUACCAGCAUCGUGUCCUGUUUCCCCAAUGUCUUCAUGGUCGGACAGGCUGUGAGUGUGGUUUACGCUGGGUGGCCUCGUGUCCAAGCUGACCUCAACUGCAUGGCUGACCUCUAUGAACGCAGUGCAGAGUGGAAAUACUUCAUCAACCUCUGCGGACAAGACUUCCCUCUAAAAACCAACUUGGAAAUGGUAAGAAUGCUUCGCUCGCUGAAGGGUGGCAACAGCAUGGAGUCCGAAGAUAUGCCUGAAGGGAAGAAGUGGAGGAUAUCAAUAGUUCACCAGAUUGUUAAUGGGACAAUCAAGUCGACAGGAAAGUCGAAGAGUCCGCCUCCCUUCAAUUUCCCCAUUAAGUCAGGAAACGCCUACAUCGUGGUAACGCGGGGCUACAUCCAGAGUGUUUUGAAAGACACCCGAGUACAAGCUCUUAUCGAGUGGUCCAAAGACACCUACAGUCCUGAUGAGUUCCUGUGGGCGACCAUUCAACGAAUCCCUGGUGUGCCUGGCUCGACGAGACCCCACUCUAAGUACGACCAGACGGACAUUAAUGCCAUUGCACGACUAGUGAAGUGGAUGUGGCAUGAGGGAGCACCGGAUUCAGCAGUGUAUCCUGAGUGUCAGGGCAGCCACGUACGGUCAAUUUGUGUAUACGGAGCUGGGGACGUACAAUGGCUGCUGGAGAACCACCACCUAUUUGCCAACAAAUUUGAUGUGUGCACAGAUCCCAUUCCUGUCUUCUGCUUGGAGAAACAUCUCAGACAGAAAGCUCUGGCUGAAUCAGAAAGAUAAAAAUUUUUCUGGUCUUAAUAGAUGACUUAAGACAAGAUGAUCUAAUACAACCUGGAACAUAUCUUAAAUUUUUAGCUGCAACAGGGAGGGGAAGUAUUCAUAUUUUGGGGCCACUAUGGCUCAGAGGUAGAAAUUCAUCCUGUAACCAGUGGGUUGCUGGUUUGAACCCCAGCUCUGUGUCUUUCAGUCAUGUUCUUCUUCUGCCUUACCUGCUGCUGGUGGUCUGACUAAGGGCCUGGUGGCGCUGAUUGUAUGCCAGCCAUGCCUUCUAAAUGUUGCAUCCCUCUUAAAUAUUCUAAAUAAAUAUCUGAAUAUUGAACAAAGCAUAUUUCUG